CGGGCAGCCAUGAGCCGCAGCUGAGGCUGUGCUGGGAGCCGGCGCCCGCUGCCCCGCGCUCAGGAUGGAGAAAGACACGGCCACACACCGGAGGCACCGGCCCGGCCCCGGGGCCCUGCCCGCAGGAGCCGCCCCCGGCCACCCCAGGACGGCCAGCGAGGUGGCCGAGCUCCAGCGGAGCAGGAGCGUGGGCAGCUUGCACCAGAAGGGUGACCCUCCCAGCUGCCUCCGGAAGCCACGCAAGGAGCCGGAGUCUGAGGAUCCGGGGAAAGACCGGCGGAGCGACGCGGAAGAUGCCGGCUGCCAGGGGAACGUGGAGGAAGGCGCGGCAGAGAAGGAGGAGGGUGGCCUUGGACGGGCGGACCCCGCGGCGGGAAGAACGGAACCGGAGCCCGAGAAGGGAGGCUCGGAGGCCAGCACCACGGGGGAGCCGCGGGGCGAGCGCUGCCACCGCGGGGAAGCCGAGGAGCAGGAGUCCGUGGGGCUGAACGACCUGGAGAAAGAGAAGCCGUCUGUGUUUGUGGAGAUCGAUCUGCGGGACCACACCGAGGAGGUGGCCACCUGUGCCGCGAUGGAAGAGAAGCGGUCCUGGAUGGACACGGGGGACGCGUCAGAAGACGAGACGCGGACCAGCUGGGUGUGCUGCAUCCCGUACACGGCCAAGAGGAGGCCGAAGGACAGCGCGUAGCCACCGGGCAGGUACGGGCUCAGAGAAGAGGGUGCGGCGGGGCCAGCAGGCCAGGCGUCUGGUGCCGCCACCCACUGGCCCCACAGCCUCUCCCUCGCCAGGCACUGAGGCCCCGUUUCCGUGUCCUGGGACACCAGGCGGCCACGGUACAGACCACGCGGCCUCCACGCAAAGACCCCGCCCUGCCCCAAGCCAGGCCUGAGGCGGAUGACCAGCGGCGUGAGCCCUGCGAAAAACCGCUGCCCGCACAGCCGCUGCCCGCUGUCCUUGGAAGACACAAUAAAUGCG